CCGUUGGCGAGUGGUUUUACUUUUCCACUGCGAGUUAAAUCAUUAACAUUCAAGCAGCCGUGAUUUUAAUUUGCUGUCAUCAACCAGAUUAAAUGCUCUCAGCCUACAGAAACUAGAGUUAAACCUGCGCCCCGCUCUGUAUGUGCACGCAGGCCGAAAAGCCUCGGGCUGCUUCCUCAUGACAUCACAUGGUUGCAGAAUGACUUGUUGAGCAGUCCUCCGUAAGACAGGACUUCCUAAAUGCAGAGCACGCUCAACGCUUUGUUGAUAUGAAGAUUAGAGACAGACUUCUGCGCUAACACGUCGAGAAAGAACCCUUUCCUAGUUUUGGAGCACAUUCACAGCUUGUCUCCAGGCUCAUCAUUCUGGUGCUGCAUUUUACCUCCAAGAUCAUGGUGACUGUAAAAGGCUUGGGAGGUGGGGGGGGUGGGAGUGUGGGUGUGAGAGAGAGCCAGUGAAGUGAAGUUUUCUUUCUUUUUCCCCAAACGACCGCCAGAGGUGAAUGCCGUUUCCCCACACGUUGUGUCGUUGAAGAGUGGCGGGCAUGGAGGAGGAAGAAGAAGUCAGGGUGAACGGCUGUGGACGGAGAGGGUCGGAGUGGGGUCACAUCGCCCUGCUGGAUAAGACCAAGGAGUUCUUUCAGACCUGCGACGUGGAGGGGAAAGGCUUCAUCACCCGCACCGAUAUGAGGAGGCUCCACAGAGAGCUGCCCCUAUCUGCCGAGGAGCUCCAGGAUGUGUUUGACUCCCUGGAUACGGACCGUGCCGGUUACCUCACGCUGGAGGCCUUUUCCUCCAGAUUCAGUCAGUUCCUGCACGGUCGGAGAAUCUCUGUCACAGAUGACCAGACUCGGGCCCUGGGGCCCGUCCUGAAGGCUAAGGAGGCUCUUUACCAGAGUCAGUGGGAAGCCAGGCUGUCGGGGGUAGAGGACGAAGAAGAGAGACACUUCUGCAUGCUGCUGGAAAGUCUCGGAGCCAGCAAUGUGUUCGAGGACAAAUCCCUGCUCCCCAGUCCAGGUGAGGUGCGCAACCUUUGGGCCCAGCUCAGGCGAGACGAGCCUCACCUUCUGUCCAACUUUGAGGAAUUUCUGGCCAGGGUAACAUACCAAAUCAAAGAGGCCCAUCAGGAAAAGAAGGAGAUGGAAAGUGCCUUACAGAGGAAGACGGCGACGCAUGACAGCGAGAUCCGCCACUUGUACGAAGAGAUGGAGGCGCAGAUCAAAAAUGAAAGGGAUCGACUUGUGCUGCAGGACUCGGAGCGCCUUCAGGUGCGCAGCCAGGAGCUGGAGCACCAGCUGUUCUCCAAAGAGCGAGAGCUGGAGCAGCUCUUCCAGAAACAGAAACGGUUAGAGCUCCAGUGCCAUGAGCUGAAUAGCGAGAGGCAGGAGAGCCACGUGGAGAAUGUCAAGCUGAAAACGACCAACGAGGAGCUGUCCAGAGCGCUGGAGAGCACCAGCCUGGAGCUCUCUCUGGCUCAGGAGCACCUGGCUCUGCUGCAGGAGCAGGCGGCCAGGCUGCAUCAGGAGAAAGAGAUGGAAAUGUACAGAAUAACCGAGGGCCUCCAGAGGGAGAAGCAGUGCCUCAUGAAGCAGCUCGACCUCCUCAGAGAGGUGAACAAACACUUGAAGGAUGAGCGAGACAUAUUCUGCGCCGUUCCACGAACCUCACUCAGAAAAAAGCAGAAGCAGACGGAGGGCCUCGCUGACUUAUUUGAUGACGAAAGUCAACCAGCAAAAAGAGACCCUCUGCUGGUGGAAGGGUCCUUCCAGUCUCUGGAGGCCUUGCCCAUAGAGCACCUUCAAAUCGUGUUUGUUGCUUCCUCCUCCUGUAGUGAAGACGACGACGCCCCCGCAGCGUCGACCGCCCGCACCGCUGCACGUCGGCAGCGACCUGCUGCGAAGAAAGCCUCAACCUUAGCCAACGGUAUCGUCAGCCCAGGCCCAGCCAGAGUUCAAGACGUGAAGCCAAAGCCCAGAAGGACGUCGGCUGAAAACGCAGCCGACAGGAAAGUGGUGGUGAAAACCAGAGAGAGCUCAAACAGAGGAGAGUCCGAGAGGAAGACGAGUGAAGAGGACGAGGACGUGCUCGGUGAGCCGACAGACGGCUGGCCGCUUCGCAGGGUCAUCUCGAUUGAGGAAGACCACCUGCCGCACCUUCUUCAAGGCGGACCCCAGCCGUUACUGCACCAGCUCAGGGAGGAAGAAGAUGAUUAUGAAGAGGAAGCUCAUAGCGAGGCUGAAACCAGUGCUGUCACAAGUCCUGAUCUCAGUGCGACGCCUCUUUCGAGACUCGCCACUGUUCCUACCGGAUCUUCUUCUACUAAAAAAUCCCAAGUGAAGAAGACUCCAGUGUCUCCACGAUGCCAGCCUGUCGGGAAGGAGGCCAAACCAGUGAGUCUACUGCUUCAGUUUGUCUCAAACGAGUCAUUACGAGUUUUAGUUUGCGCAACAAAUACAACACAUUUUUCUUAUCCCCAGAAAGCAAAGGAAAGCGCCGUGUUCGCCCCGGAUCGUCUGUUUAAGGUCGUCCUGGUCGGGAACUCCAGUGUAGGCAAGACGUCCUUGCUGCGCUCCUUUUGUGAGGGCCGUUUCCACCCGUCCACAACGGCUACUGUGGGCAUCGACUACAGCGUGAAGACGUUGACACUGGACAAUAUGCAAAUAGCAAUGCAGCUUUGGGACACUGCAGGACAGGAGAGGUUCCGCAGCAUGACCAAGCAGUUCUUUCGCAAGGCCGAUGGUGUGGUGUUACUGUAUGAUGUCACGGUGGCGGAGAGCUUCGCAGCUGUCAGACCCUGGCUUCUGAACGUCCAGGAGGCAGCAGGUGAGAGCAUCCCCAUUCUCCUGCUGGGCAACAAAAUGGACAUGACAAGAGAGAGGGAGGUGUCUUUUAAAGAUGCAGAGCAACUAGCUUCUGAAAACAAGGUGAUGUUCUUUGAGGUCAGCACCUACACCGGCAAAAAUGUGACCGAGUCCCUGACUCACCUGGCCAGGAUUUUAAUGGAGCAGGAGGACACGGUAAGAGACACAACAGUCAGCCUCAGUGCUCAGCCCAUUAAGAAGAAAGCCUGCUGCAAGUGAAGACACCCAUCCUUGCAAAAACAAGGACAGAUUGAAUUUCUGACAGCAGCAAUUUACAGAGUCCUACAUCGGAUUCUGACAGUUGCACAAAAGCAAAAAAAAAAAAAAGAGUAAAUUAGAUGUUGAACUGCUGUAGAAACCUCACUUUAAAAGGGUUUCUUUCAAAAAAACUAUUUUUAUUUCAGCGAGAAAAAAAAACAUAAAAAUGUAGGUGUGAAGAACUGUAUUUCUUGAAGAAAAAACUGGUGAAAUACUGAAGCUCCAAGAGUGUCUACCGUAAUGAAAAACAUGUAAAUAACAUGUUAAAAAACAUGUUAAUCACAAUAGUGCAAUGUCUGAGAUUUAGAAAGUAUCUAAUUGUAAAUUAGUUGGUAAUAUGUGUGAU